AUGACACCAAAGCUAAGAAGUACCCUGGGUGCAACCAUAUACAAAUAUCCUAAUUCGGCGUUAGCAACUAGUGGGAAUGCUCUUCUAAUAGAAUAUGUGGACGCCGGAAAACACAAGCGAGGCGGGUCCGACUACGUCAAGUCUGCGAAGUUUCUUUGUUGCUUCUUCGCUUCGUCUCUUUCUAUUGGGGAAAGGGCACAAUUCGAGGAUGUGGCGCAAUCCCAACCUUCUCGACUCUCAUUCGCCCAGGCAGCUCCGAAGCAUCGCAUACCGCAAUUAAACUGCUCUAGCGGUGCCGUGGUAUAA